AUGGAUAUUCUCUUCAAAGGUUCUACUAAGGAACUGGCUGAUUUUUUCUUGAUGGUUUGGGCUUUUUGGUUCAGAAGGAACAAGAUGCUUCAUGAACAGAUUGAUUUACCACCUCAGCAAGUUGUUGGCUUUGCUUUUACAAAGAAGUUGUAUAGUGCUGUGGUUAGGCAUCAGUUGGGGCUUCCUAAUUCUAAAAACCUGUUGUACAGAUUGUCACCCCUUCCAGAAGACUCUCUUAAGCUAAAUAUUGAUGGGGCUCUCUUCUUUGAUUUAAACAAAGCUGGUAUGGGUACUGUUUUGAGGAAUCACAUGGGCAAAGUACUUAUGGCAGUUAGUAAAGUUGAAACUGUUUUUCUGGAACCAGAACAAGUUGAAGCUGUGGCAUUAUUGAGAGGACUUCAAUUGUGCAUGAGUUUGGGCAUCCCUAAGCUAAUUAUCAAAAGUGAUUGUUUGUUUCUGGUAGAAGAGGUUAACAGAUCAUCUGAGUCCAAUGUAGCUAUAAGAUCUAUGGUAGCAGAUGUAAAAUUUGAUGCAAACUUUUCCCCAGUGCAGUAUUCAGCAUAG